AUGUCAACAUUUCAAAGUCUACCAUUAGCCAUUGCCGAGCUUACCCCUGACAAAAUUUCGUUGGACAAUGCGGACGACAAAUUUUUAAAAAUUGGAUUUGGUUGUGCCGAAACGUCACCCAUCAUCUACGAACCGAAAACGUUCGUCAGCAACUAUUGCCCCGACGUCACCAACGACAUGCUACAAGAGGGACUGAACUUCGGCGCUAAGGCAUACCGUUACGAUCUGAUCGGUCCCUAUAUUACAGAGUUCACCAGUCAACAGGCUCUUCUAUUGUCCCUGCUCAGCUGUCUAGUGACUCGAGACACCGAAUCUUGCUCCAUCCUGGCCGAUUGCUCUAACCGCAUCCAGCAAUUGCGGUCCAGGCACGUCACACUCUGGUUGAGGGAGGACUUCAGGUUCCGGGAAAGCGACAUGAAAAUGGCAAUGGAUCGUCUUGACUCAACAGUAGCUGCUGGAAUGCUGGUUCUGGACUCAAAAGUCUUGACGGUUUUCUCUUCCCUCGCUGAGAGCUAUGGGAUUACUCUGCAAUCGAAAAAAAAAAGUGGCGAUUUGGCGCUUGAACUAGAAAAUGCUGUGACUAACAACAUCGCUUGUGAAAUUAUUGCACUGGCUAAUGAAGGAGGAAAUGUCAAUGGGUUGACUCAGUCCGGGGAAAGCCUCGUUCAUUUGGCCGUAAGGAGUGGAAGUACGUCUUCUAUUGCUGUACUGGGGUAUCUGAAGGCAGAUCUUGACGUUUUCAACGCCGCUGGUGCAACUCCUAUGGAAGAAGCGGUUAUAAUGAACAGCGUUCCAGUUAUCAAGGAACUGAUAUUGGCUGGUGCUAAAAUUGAGAAAAAGUUACUCAGAGGUAACUCUUACCUCCAUAUUGCCGCCUUUUCUGGCAAGAAUGAAGCAUUGGAAAUGUUACUUGAGGCAGGACUUAAACCCGACUUAAGGAACCACCUGGGCGAUACUUCAUUGCAGCUAGCUGUCAAAGUAGGAAAUGUCAAGGGGGUGGAGAUCCUACAGGAAAGAUGUUGUAAUAGCUCUUUUAUAUCAAAAGAAGAGGAGAGUCUUCUGCAUUUGGCAGUUGAGUCAUCUGAUAUUGAUAUGUUCACAGCAUUAAUAAAAUGUAGGACUUUACAAGAUCUCCAAUUCGAAAGUAAUGACACAUUAGUUCACAUGAUAGUUCGUUCGAAAGAGGCAACUGAAAUGCUCAAAGUACUGAAAGUUCAAAGAGUGCCAUUAAACAUCAGGAAUAAGGAUAGUCUCGCUCCUAUACACAUCGCUACUGAUCCAUCAGUUGUUGAGGCGUUGCUGGAGAUGGGUGCGGAUGUCAAUAUUACUACAGGAAAGGGAGAAACAGCUCUCCACAUAGCUUCGACCAAAGGAUACCUGAAUGUCUUAAAAGUUCUUGUUAAACACGGUGCAGGAGUUGACAUACGAGAUAAUCACGAGGAAACUGCUCUAAUGGCUGCGACAAAAUCUAAGACGAAUAUCCUUGUUAAGUAUUUAUUGUACAGCGGUGCAGAUCUAACACUCAAGAAUAAAGAAGGUGCGACAGCGCUGCACUUCGCCUCUGAAGGAGGCUGCAUUGAUUGUGCAUUAAUGUUGUUGGACACCGGAGCAAAAGUGGAUGAAAGGGACAAUGAUAAAUUCACUCCUCUGCAUUAUGCUGCUCGAAAAGGGCAAGUUGGCGUGGCGACUUUACUGUUGGAACGUGAAGCAGAUCUAACAGCUAAGUCAGGUUUGGGCAGGACUCCACUAAUGGAAGCAUCUAUUAAUGGCCAUUCGGAUGUGGCGAAGCUUCUAAUUGACCGUGGAGCGCCUAUCAAUGAAAAGGAUGAGGGCGGAUGGACUGCACUACAUGAUGCAGCAGGAAACGGAAAAGUUGGAGUGUUAACUUUACUAUUGGAUCGUGGAGCAGAUAUAACAGCCAAAUCAGGUUCGGGUAAGACACCACUAAUGGAAGCAUCUGCUACUGGCCAUUUGGAUGUAGUGAAGCUUCUCAUUUACCGAGGAGCGCCUAUCAACGAUAAAGAUGGGAACGGUUUGACUGCACUACAUCGUGCAGCACGAGAAGGGCACGUGGGCUUGGUGUCUUUACUGUUGGAACAUGGAGCGAAGCUAAAUGUUAGGUCAGUUUAUAGACACACGCCACUAAUGGAAGCAUCAUUUAAUGGUCAUUUAGAUGUGGUGAAGGUUCUAAUUGACAAUGGGUCACCUGUCAACGAUAAGGAUAAUGGCGAAAGUACUGCCUUACAUUAUGCAGCACGACAAGGGCAUGUUUGCGUGGUGAGAUUACUGUUAGAACGCGAAGCAGGUCUAACAGUUAGGUCAGUUAACGGCCAGACGCCACUAAUGGAAGCAUCUGCUAAUGGCCAUUUGGAUGUAGUGAAGCUUCUAAUUGACCGAGGAGCGCCUAUCAACGAUAAGGAUAAUGAUGGAUGGACCGCCUUACAUUAUGCAGCACGACAAGGGCAAGUUGGUGUGAUGACAUUGCUGUUGGAACGUGGAGCAGAUCUGACUGUUAGGUCAGAUAACGGCCAGACUCCACUAAUUGAAGCAUCUAUUUUUGGUCGUUUGGAUGUGGUGAAGCUUCUAAUUGACAGAGGAUCGCCUAUCAACGAUAAGGAUAAGGACGAAUGGACUGCCUUACAUUAUGCAGCACGGCAAGGGCAUGUUAGUGUGUUGACGUUACUGUUGGAACGUGGAGCAGAUCUAACAGUUAAGUCAGGUAACGGCAAGACGCCACUAAUGGAAGCAUCUGUAAAUGGCCAUUUGGAUGUUGUGAAGGUUCUAAUUGACCGAGGAGCGUCUCUCAACGAUAAGAAUAAUGAUGGUUGGACCGCCUUACAUUAUGCAGCACGACAAGGGCAAGUUGGCUUGGUGACUUUACUAUUAGAAUAUGGAGCAAAUCUAACAGUUAAGUCACUCUACGGACACACGCCACUAAUGGAAGCAUCAUUUAAUGGCAAUUUAGAAGUGGUGAAGAUUCUCAUUGACCGAGGAGGGCCUAUUAAUGAUAGCGAUAACGAUGGACGGACUGCAUUAGAUUAUGCAACUUACGGAGGGCAUGUUAGCGUGGUGAGUUAUUUACAAAGAAAAGAUUAAGUAACUUCUCAAUAGUAUGUGAGCACCAAGAUCAAGUUUUGAAAAAUUCAUUGAUUAUGGGGUGGAGGGCCCAGCGAUGAAUGACUUAAUUUGAUAAAAUAAGUACGAGUUCACGUCCUGGUGCUGGAGGGCUUUUACCGCUUGCAUUAAUUCCACGGUCCCAGCUCCUGACCCAGGAAAUCUCCUAUAGCCUAAAAAAGACGAGGAAGGGAAGAACAAGAAAAUUUAAAUA